CACAGUUGAAAAGCAGCCCAGAUAUUGGGUCUGUCCCAUCGGAUCCUGAUUCUAACUCUUCCACUUCACUGUCAGCCUAGGAUCUCUCAACAUCCACCAGAAUGUCAUCCCUAUCAAAACUGAACGUUCUAAUGUGUGGUACCGGAGAGUACACCACCGGUUGGACGGGCUCCGGGCAGUCGACCUCCGACAAGAAGAUUGGUGUUGUGGGCUUGACGAUGUUUGACUUGAGAAGGCGGGGAAAGGUGGACAGCCUUGCCAUGGUCGGCGUCAAUGGUUCUAAAUUCCCUGCAAUCCGAAAUCAUCUCGACACAAACAUAGGUCAAGUUUACAAAGAGAUGGACACUUCCUUUGAAGAAUUUCCGAAGGGAGGCAAGGUGGAUCCUGAAGCAUAUAAAGAGGCGAUCAACAAGCUUCCCCCAGGAAGUGCUAUCAUUGUCUUCACCCCAGACAGCACUCAUUAUCCCAUUGCGAUGUAUGCUAUCGAGAGAAAGAUGCAUGUGCUGAUCACCAAACCGGCUACUCAGCUACUCUCCCACCACAUCGAACUUGUCGAGGCGGCGAGGAAGCACAAUGUCGUUUGCUUCGUAGAGCACCACAAGCGUUUUGAUCCGGUUUACAGUGAUGCCAAAGCCCGUGCACAGACGCUGGGAGAGUUCAACUUCUUCAGUGCAUGGAUGAGCCAACCGAAGAGCCAACUAGAGACUUUCCGUGCGUGGGCAGGUAAAGACUCGGACAUCAGCUACUAUCUUUCUUCGCACCAUAUCGACGUUUGCUGCUGGAUUUUGCAAGACAAAGCUGUCCCUACCAGAGUAGUUGCUAGUGCAGCCACCGGGAUUGCCACCAGUGAACCGUACAACUGCGUACCUCAGACCGAAGACACUAUCACGCUCCUUGUUGACUGGCAGUCAACGAGCAGCACAAAGCACAAAGGAACUGCUGUCUAUACGGCGUCAUGGACGGCACCUCUGAAAGCUGGUGUGCACUCUGCACAACAGUGGUACUACAUGGGCGAAAAGGGCGACAUCAACGUCGACCAAGCUCAUCGUGGUUACGACGUUACCGUUGAUGAAACUGGCAAGACGUGGUACAACCCGUUCUACAUGAAAUAUUCCCCUUCAGAGACCGGUCACUUUGAUGGUCAGCGUGGGUAUGGAUACAUAUCAAUUGAGACGUUCAUCGACGCCGCCCGCGAAGUCAAUGCUGGAGUUGCAAAACCCUCGGAUUACGACGGACAUGGUUAUCCUACCAUCGCAAACACUGUCCUGACGACAGCUAUCCUCCACGCCGGUCGUAUUAGUCUCGACGAGAAGAGGCCGGUGAACAUCAAGAAGAAUGGAGAACAAUGGGUUCUUGAGUGAAUUACCGGAAUCCUUAGCUCAAACUCAAAGGUGAUCUGUGGUUGAAGUGUCAUGUAUACUAUCAAUGCGUAAGGUUGUCAGACGUAUAGACAGGUUUCCUCAUAUGUAAGCUUAGAGAGCUGUAUAGAACACUGAUUGUC